AAAGAAAUAAUGUUCAUUCAUUCAUUGCUUAACUUUUAAAGUGCCUAUUAUACUAGCUGAUAUGUUCACAAGCCAUUUCUUGAUGUGCCUGCAAGGGUGAUUUGAGGUAUAACAUUAAACAGUAAAGGCUUGGGUGUCUUAGCUCUACUGUUUGAGAGCCUCUUUGUCAAAAGAAAAGUUUAAUAAAUCACUUGAUGUUAUGGUCUAUGAAUAGAGCUUUUCCUACAGUGGCAAAGUUAGUGUUCAGUGAGACAGAAAUUCAGUCCUAUCACUAUCUUAACUGGCAUGCAUGUAACAAUCUUUUAUUAAAUUUAUCAAGCAUAUAAAGCAGAAUGGAUGUUAACCAAAAAAAGAAAAUAAAAGUAUUUUAUAAUCAUUCAGUUCAUGUUCACAUCGGACUUAAAUGACAGAUUUCUCUACCAUUUCAUAAACACUACCUCAGCUUAUGAAAUCGCUACCCUAUUAUUUACCUGAAGCCUGCAAAGGUACCCCUUUCGGACAGAGGGUCCCCGUAUAGGCCAUUAUAGUGUGCACCCCUUCUGUGUCUAAAGUGCACAUUGCAGUAUAAUGUGCACUCCACCCCAAGCAAAAACAGGACAGGACAGGACGUGGGCACGGGAUGAUGGCCAUUCUCGUCCCCAGUGCUACUCGUCUUAAAAUGGCAGGACGUGGGUGGGGAUGAUGUCUCGGAAAGUCAGUCCUUAGACUCCUAAAAUCUCAGACUGUGCGUCAUUCUCGGAGACCCCGGGGCAUGACCGUCUGGGUAUCUUGAGCUAAAAUGUCAUGGAAGGCCUUUGUGGAGUAUGGAUCGUUGCUGGUAUGGGACAUCACAUGUCCUGUUUUGUUUUGGUUUGGUUUGGUUUGGUUUCUGUCGCCUUGGGAAUUUUUCCGCCCUACAUUACGAGUACCUCUUUCGCUUAGUCCGUCGUUGCGUAGUCUACUUCCGCCCAGAUCUCCUCAUACUUUCCGUGAGUAGAGUCGGCGUUACACGUGGUUUAUACUGGUCAGUGGCUGUCUUUCGAGACGUCACGAUUACGAGGCUACGUCUGCCAUUUUGAAAGAGCAAAACUCGGUUGUUACUGAAAAUGUCUUUAUUGAAUAAGAAAAAAAAGUCUUUUAUUGGAGUACCUGCCCCUCUCGGAUAUGUACCUGGCCUUGGAAGAGGUGCGACAGGUUUCACCACUCGUUCAGAUAUCGGUCCUGCUAGGGAUGCUACAGAUAUAAGUGAUGAGCGACAUGGGAAGCCAGGCUUUGCAACUGAAAAGAAGCCACAAGAGGAAGAGGAAGAAGAUUUGAAUGACACUAACUAUGAUGAGCGUAAACUGAGUGAAGUGUCUGAAGAUGACUGGUUGAGUAUUCCAGAGGUUGGAGACUACAGGAACAAGAAGCAAAGAAAUCCAAGGACAGAAAAAAUAAUUCUUUCCUACAUGCAAGGGCCUACAAUACAUACAGACUAACAUUUAGUUUUAUUAUACUGAAAGAAAUUUGGUGGACUCCAAACUCCAUUUCCUGGUGGGGUGACUCCUGGUGGCAUGACAACUGGGUUUGCCACACCCUCUGCAGAUCUAGACUUGAUUAAAAUUGGUGAAGCCAGGAAAUCUCUUGUGGGUGUCAAAUUGGAUCAGGCCUCUGAUUCUGUCAGUGGUCAGACUGUGGUAGAUCCUAAAGGUUAUCUGACUGAUCUUCAGAGUUUAACUCCCUCAGCUGGUGGAGAUAUUGGUGACAUUAAGAAAGCAAGACUUCUACUCAAGUCUGUAAUCACUACAAACCCACAGCAUGGACCUGGCUGGAUAGCUGCUGCUCGUUUGGAAGAGGUGACGGGUCGCAUGCAAGCUGCACGAAACACAAUCAUGAAAGGGACAGAGGUCUGUUCAAAGAAUGAAGACGUCUGGCUUGAGGCAAUCCGUUUGCAGCCCCCAGAGACAGCCAAAUCAGUUUGCGCACAAGCAGUUGGUCAGCUGCCUCAGUCUGUCCGACUGUGGAUCAAGGCUGCGGCACUGGAGGACGAGGCGAAAGCAAAGAAGAGAGUUUACAGGAAAGCGUUGGAGCAGAUUCCUAACUCUGUUAGGAUUUGGAAAGCGGCUGUAGAGUUAGAAGGCCCUGAAGAUGCUCAGAUCAUGUUAAGCAGGGCAGUGGAAUGUUGUCCCACAAGUGUGGAGGUAAAGUACAUGUACAUGUACACUUGUGCAUCACUAAUUAAUGUAGACGUGGUCCAACAGAUUUCACUGCAUGGUUAUCAAAUACAUGUAGCGGAAUCAAGCACAUUUUUGAGGUACUUUUUCGUUUGUCUUCAUUCCCAGUGUGUUGCCAACAAUGCCUUUGAAUGUGCAAGAGCUAUCUAUGCGCAUGCUCUGUCUGUGUUUCCCAGCAAGAAGAGCGUCUGGCUGAGAGCUGCUCACUUCGAAAAGAAUCAUGGGACAAGGUGGGUCAGUGACGCGGUCCUCACCUCGCCUCACUCAAACGGUCGUAAGACCAUGUACGGCUGUAAAUUUACUUGUAUUCAUUUUUCACCUGGUUAUACAGUACCGCUAAAAAGUAACUUACCACCUCUCGUCUCGCAAGACGAAAGUGUCGCCUCGCGAGACGAGAGUUUCGUCUCGAGAGACGAGACUCUCGUCUCGCGAGAACCACUGAAGCGUAUAUUUUGGAAUAAAUUACAAGCAUUUGCAGGGUAUGGUGGCAGUUUGUUCUCUUCUUGUCCUUAUGAGAAAGAUGAUGAGGAAGCAGAUGCUAUUUAUGAUUCCAUCGAUCGGAGAAUGGAUGAUAGGAGAAAAGAGAGAAGGGAAAAGCGAUUUAAAGAAGAGAUUGAACAGUAUCGACAGGAAAGGCCAAAGAUCCAGCAACAGUUCUCUGAUCUGAAGGCGGAGAAGCUCUUAGGUGAAGCUGUUCAGAAAUAUCCUGAUUUUGCUAAGCUAUGGAUGAUGAAGGGACAGAUACACCAAGAGUUAAAUCAUUUGGAUAAUGCGAGAGAAGCCUACAAACAGGGGACUAAAAAGUGCCCUCGCUCUAUUCCAAUCUGGCUGUUGUUAGCCAGGCUUGAAGAGAAAGCAGGUCAGACUACAAAGGCAAGGUCCGUUUUGGAACAGGCGCGACAGAAAAACCCCAAAUGUCCAGAAUUAUGGCUGGAAGCAGUUAGAAUAGAAACCAGGGGAGAACGCAAAGAAUUUGCUAAAACAUUAAUGGCUAAAGCCAUGCAAGAAUGCCCUGCUUCAGGCAUCCUCUGGGCGGAAGCUAUUUUUAUGGAGAGCCGGCCGCAGCGGAAAACCAAAAGUGUGGACGCCCUCAAAAGAUGUGAACACGACCCACACGUGCUUCUAGCAGUGGCCAGGUUGUUCUGGAGCGAGCGAAAAAUAAACAAAGCAAGAGAAUGGUUUAACAGGGCUGUCAAACUCGACCCAGAUCUCGGCGACUCGUGGGCUUGUUUCUACAGAUUUGAACUGCAGCAUGGAACCGAGGCCCAGCAAGAAGGCGUUAUGCAACGAUGCGUAAUGGCCGAGCCUCAUCAUGGAGAAAACUGGUGCGCAGUUUCCAAAGCUAUUCCUAACUGGAGACUUCGCACCAAGGACAUCCUACCGAUUGUGGCCAAGUCGUUGAGAGCUAUCGAAAAAGAGUAACGGUAAAUCUGUAUACAUAUCAUGGUGUUUUUAAAAGAAUGGUGCCCAACUGCCAUUAUUUCCUGGUCUGUCGCUGUGUAUCAGAGCAUCCGUGGAACACCCCUUCUGAGACGCCUUCGAAGACUUGGACUUUUACGCGCGUGUCGUGCGUGUUCGAUUUCAUGCCAAACACACUCGCAGGCGCGCUACUCGCUGAUCGAACUGAACGAGGCCAUAGCUUAUUCGUUUUGAUGGCGCCCAAAUAAAGUUGUCCGUAAUGACUAGCCAAACUCGUGGUACUCGUCAAGAAGACCUUUAUUUAUUCCGUAGUAUGUUGUUUGCUUUGUUUUCGCUAUUGUAUCUUGUAAAAGACAUGAAAAAUUCAGUAGGUAAAUUUUUCAUCUUUUAUUCCUUCUAAUUGCGUGUUCUUCCAUGUGAAUCUUUGUGUCAAAGCUUGUAGUCUUUUAUAAGAAAACAAAAACGAAACAUAAAAAAAAAUAUUGAACUUCCAGUUUCUUCUUGGUGAUAUUAUAAUUUUCUUUGUGUAAUUUUCCAAAAAAAGAGUCAGAUGUGAUGUGGUUCUUAUAGUUGGUAACAGACUAGGAAUUUUGGUUGCAAAUUAGCUGUGUUUCAAACUUAGCUUCGUUUUAGUUCUUAGUUACCAUCUGCCUAAUAUGCCAUAUCAUAUCAUUGCCCAUAUCUUCUUUUUGAAAUUUGUGGUCUGUCAUCUUGUUAAGAACAAAGCUUGAUGCACCAUAUGCAGUAAUUCAAGCCAGAGGAAAGAAAUUCGUGCCGAGUUUCGAACUAUUCGGGUUAAAUGUAACUCUUAGCAUCGUUUAAUAACUGAGGUCGUGAAGAGCUGGCCAUUGAAACUAAAUUUAGAUGCCACAUAACCUUUCGCUUGGAGCCAAAUUGGGAAAAAUGUGUCGGAAUUUUUUGACAAGACGCCCUUAACUCGCUAGAUUACUUUACGCUGCAGAUGUCACUGUUUACUUUUAGCCGUUGAUUGUAACUAUGAAACCUUUUAAUACGGUACUGUUUGAGAUAUACUCCGAGCAUAAGAAAGUGUCUUAUGUGACGUGGCCAAUAAAAAGCUCUCCCUAACUUUUACCCUGUUUACACCAUAUUUUGCAUUUAAAGUGUACUUUUCUCCACUUUGUUUUGAAGCCUUAAAAGUAAAAUAACUAUCUUUCUAUAAUUUCGUGUUGUAAUGGCGUCGGUGUUGAGACAAUUAAGAGUUCGUCGCGAAAAUGAGACACAAAACUGACCGCCUUAUUUUAAUUUCGUGAUAAAACGAAGAAAACGUUAAUUAGAAAAGAUCUGCUUAAUUGUGUGUGGUUUUAAAUGCACUAUGGAUCGCAUUUUGCGGUAAAAAUGUGAUUUUAUUGUAUUAUAUUUUUCUAUCGCGAAAAAUGUGACACUCGUUAAUCUUUUCCAGAACAACAAACAAACAAACAAACACAAUAUCUUUCUCUCUUGUGUUGCAUUUUAUCUUGUUUUACUGAUAAUGCCAGAUCUUCUUCCUUGUGCUUAUUUGCAAAAGUGCAUAGGCUUCUAUCAUUUGAAUUGGCUUUAAUUUCCACUAUCUACCUUAAGAUUUUAAAUUUCGCUGUUUGUUGUUAGCUCUGCAGCAUCACUGAGACUAGAGCUGACUCUAUCUGGGCUUAAUUCCCAAUUAAUUUCGAUGCCAUAUGGCGUUCUCUCCACUGUCGAUAUUUUUUCAACCUUGUUUAGUGUUUGUGUGAAAACAUAUCGUACCUGCUGACUGUAACAAAUCUCUUUGGGUUAUCAACACUAUUCAACGUAUUGUUUUGUUUGUUCUGUUCUGUUUUGUAUGUGAGGUUUUUUUGUGUGUUUGUUUUGCUUUUUUCCCAUUUUUCAAGCAAGAACGAAGUAACAAAUCAGAGAAAGAUGAAUGAGAAAAUCAUUAGCAAUUGACUCUGGACUCGUUUACUGUCUAUGAUAACGUUUUUCUUGUAGUCAUCAAUUCUUUGCCUGGUACGCCCUUAAUUUUAACGAACUGUGCUUUGACAAUGGAUUUCAGAUCUGUGUUAACGAAACUGUUCCAUGUUCGUAACAAGAGCAUACAAAAAAUGAAUAGUUCUUAUUUUAUAGGUUGAAAGAGUUCAUGUGGCGACUCUCAACGACACAAGAGUCCAUUUUCUCUCGUGUGGGGUCGUGUUAAAUUCGUAUUCAUUUGUCAGUGAAUAUAUGAAACAAGACGUAUUACGAGCUCCCAGUUGCCUGGUAGCGCACUGCUUCGGUAACGUAGAGGUCGUGGGUUCGAAUCUCGUUUAAACCUGAUUUUGUUUUUACGGGUCUUAUUUUCACAACUAAGUUUUGUACAAAGUGCCAUGAUUUCUUAUGCUUUUAAAUUCGCGUUAAGUCAUGUGCAUUUGUGUUAAAGCCCUACUUAGAGCAAAUUAUUAUUUUAGCCGUAGUGUUUUGCCAUUAAGAUGUCGCAUUUUGACUGCCUUUGAUAGCGAUGCAUAUUGCGUUUUACAGGUGGCCGUAGCUAUUUCGUAAUGUCGUGACUUCAUUAUGUACAUGACAACCCACGCCUGCGUAUGUAGAAGCAUUUCCUGUUAUCGUGUAAGCGACGAAACUUCCUCUGCCGUCCCAGGCUGACAGCAAGCCAUUCAUGUUGGCCAACACUCUCUUGCUAUUUCAUAAAUUGCUGCCUUUUUGAACCAAAAAACAGUUCAUGCGUUGAUGCACGAGAGACAUAGAGUAGCUAAUAUCGCAUUUCAUGUUCUACCCGUCAUCAAUAACGUCACCAUUUCAUCUCAUUUGCUUUUGAAUAGUUUUUCAUAAGAGGUGACCCAUUGAUGGGUCUUGCUCUUAAGUUCCUUGGCGCCUUAGCGUGACGUUUUCUGUCGUGUCAGAACAAAGUUAACAUUUUUUUUUCUUUUCAGACAAGUAAAUUGUUUUUGUGAGUAAUGUGUUUUUGAUCGACGUGCGCUCAAGUCUGCUUAAUUUUUAAUGUCUCUGCAAGCACUUAUACCACGACUGAUUUGAAUGCGUAUUGCACGACUGGUUAAAUAAACACGAAUUCUUGGGUGAAUAAUAUACCUUUUUAUCCCCAUUCAAAACGUCUUUGUUCGUGGUCGCCAUGUUGAUUUAUAGACUCAGCUGAGUUUGUAAAGGCCAGGCUGUCUUUGUACAGAGCUGUUCCACUGACAGAGUUCAUAACAGUCGAAAUUAGCCCAGUAAUACACCAACUUCUGACUCAAUCGCCCUUUUGCUAAUGGGGAAUGCGAUGGAUUUCACGUCAAAACUGUCGCUGUGUAAAAUGGGUUCCGAAUUGGAAGCUAAAGAGAUCUCCCCCAAAAAGAUAAAAGUAGUUACAAAAAA